AUGUAUUAAAGAAAGAGAGUUAAAACAAUCUUAGAUUACAAUAAAAUUGAAAAAGAACUACCAACAAGUGAUUUAACAGAAUAAGAAAAAUCUAUUGUUAGUUUAGCAAUACGAGAAAGGAAAUUUAAUUUAAGAACAAGAGUUAAAUCAGUUAAUUCGAAAGCAGAACUAUGCAAAAAUUACAGAGAGUAUGAGGAUAAGAUGAAACUGUCAAUUGCUUAAAUAGUUGAUUUUGAAUACAAAAAAUCCAAAUAAAGUAUGUCAACAGUAAAACACAAAGGUUAAUUCACUACAAUAUUUUCUAUUCCAAAACCUAAAUAUGACCCUUCAAUUGUUUAUGGUUCCUAAAACAAUAGAAGAGUUAUUCAUAUGAAGGAAAUACUUAAAAAGUUAUGA